GGAGGCGUCAUAUCCGGUUUUACAAGCAACAAUGGCGGCUUCCGAGAGAGCAGACAUGAGUGAAGCGGUGUCCGAGAAAAAGAUCAAAAAGAACAAAACUCCAGAUGAGAGUGAUUUGCUGACAGUGCCGGAUGGGUGGGUGGAGCCUGCUUUUAGGAGGGAGGAUAACCCACGUGGCCUGCUGGAGGAGAGCAGCUUCGCCACUCUGUUCCCCAAAUACAGAGAGAGCUACCUGAGAGAGUGCUGGCCUCUAGUGCAGAAAGCCCUCAGUGAUAUCGUACGUACUUGUCUAUCUGGAUUGAAGGGAAGCAUCAAUGUACAAAGCACCUCCUCGAAGAAGACCUUUGACCCUAAUGCCAUCCCUCCUGCUCCGAGACUCAUCAAACUGCUCGUUUCCUCGGGUGUCCCCUUCGAACAAGCGGUGCGGAUCCUGCAGGACGAGAUGGCGUGUGACAUCAUAAAGAUUGGAACCAUGGUGCGGAACAGAGAGCGCUUCGUGAAGCGCAGACAGAGGCUGAUAGGACCCAGAGGAUCCACACUGAAGGUCAAAACCUCCCUGUCCCUCACCUGCAGGGGGCGCACUUACACACUGAUACUCACACGGAGCUCUGAGUUGCACAUAAACUGCUAUGUGAUGGUGCGUAAGGUGGUGUUGGACACGAUGAAGAACAUCCACCCGAUUUACAACAUAAAGACUCUGAUGAUAAAGCGGGAGUUAGCGAGUGACCCGGAGCUCCGCUCUCAGAGCUGGGAUCGUUUCCUCCCCAACUUCAAACACAAACACCUCAACAAACGCCAACAACCCACCAAGAGGAAGAUGAAGAAGGAGUACACCCCAUUCCCACCACCUCAACCUGAGAGCAAGGUGGACAGAGAACUGGCUAGUGGAGAAUUCUUCCUGCGUGAGAGAGAGAAGAGGAGGAGGAAGAUGACAGAGAUCAAGGUGAAACAGGCCGAAGCUCUGAGCAGGAAACAGGAAGAGAGAAAAAAAGCCUUCAUGCCUCCAAAAGAGAAAAAAAUAAUCAAAAAGAACAAAGCUCCUGUGAAAGAUAAACUGGACAUCGCAGUCAUUAAAGAAAAAGUGAAGAAAGCCAAGGAGAAGAAACUUGGAGCUCCAGCAGCGACCCCCAGCACAGCGCCUCCUACAGGCCAGAGGGUGAAGAACAAGAGCAGGAGAAGCUAACCACACCUGCUCAUGGACUGUGUGUGUGUGUGUGUCUGUGUGUGUAUAUUUUCUUAUAAAGGAUCAUGAAUAAAGAUUAUUCUAAAACAGUAAAGUGUAAACU